CAAACCCACACAUAUUCCACAUCAUCCAUUUUGGGUUUAUUGAAUUGCAUUUGAGUCUCCCUAGUCCCUCCCCAGUAUUGAGAGAGAGAGACAGAGAUGCCUCAAGCUUGGAGCUCAGGCUUCUCUUUCUUCCUCAUCUUCUCUGGAUUAUAAUGAACCAAGGCCCAGACCUCUUCUUCUCAGAAGAAGAUGGCUCAGCCUCAAGAACAGAAAACACACCAACAGCCGCACAACCUCCCAUUCCUUUUGGACACUCUUUACUGCGAAGAGAACCACUGGGAGGAAGAAGUGAGAGAGGAGGGUUUCUUAGAAGAGGAAGAAGAUGAGAGCUAUUACAGUGAUGGCAGUAAACCAAACGCUCCACCGUUAUUGGAACGGGACCUCUUAUGGGAAGACGAAGAGCUCGUCUCUUUGUUCUCAAAAGAAGAGAAAAAUGACCUCCAUAGUAACCCCGAAAGCAACCCAUUAACGGCUGGAGCUAGAAGCGAGGCCGUGGAGUGGAUGCUGAGGGUCAAUGCCCACUACUCUUUCUCUGCUCUCACUGCAGUCCUGGCUGUUAAUUAUUUUGAUAGGUUUCUCUUCAGCUUCGAUGUUCAGGGAGAAAAGCCAUGGAUGACCCAACUCGCUGCUGUGGCUUGUCUCUCCCUUGCUGCUAAGGUGGAAGAGACCCGAGUGCCCCUCUUACUAGACUUGCAAGUGGAGGAGACGAUGUAUGUGUUCGAGGCAAAGACCAUUCAGAGGAUGGAGAUUCUGGUGCUCUCCACGCUUCGAUGGAAGAUGAACCCUGUGACCCCGCUUUCAUUUCUUGAUUAUAUUACGAGGAGGCUUGGAUUGAAAAAUCAUCUCUGUUGGGAAUUUCUCAAGAGGUGUGAGCGCGUCCUUCUGUCUGUUCUUUCCGAUGGUAGGUUCGGGUGUUAUCUUCCUUCUGUAAUCGCCACCGCCAUAAUGCUGCAUGUCAUCGAUAGCGUAGAACCCUGCAUUCGUGUCCAAUAUCAGAGCCAGCUACUGGGUAUUCUCGGAAUUGAUAAGGACAAAGUCGAGGAUUGCAGUCAGCUCAUCCUGGAUAUAGCAUCGAGUGCCCGUUGUCACCAUUACAAUAAACGCAAGUUUGGCUCCACGCCGGGCAGUCCAAAUGGCGUUAUGGAUGGAUGGUUCAGCUGCGACAGCUCAAAUGAUUCAUGGGCUGUAGCAUCCACGGUUUCUUCCUCGCCUUCCUCACCGGAGCAUUUGUCCAAGAAGAGUAGAGGUCAGGAGCAGCAUCUGCAGACUCUCAACCAAGCUACUGCUGAUGCCCCGACGGUCAUUCCUCGCUAGUUCCUCAAUUCCCCUUUUCUCAUGGACUAGUCUGUCUUAUAUGUUAAAUAAUGUAUAUGUUCUUUUGAUGUGCCUUGUUAAAUUGCCUACCAUCUCUGCAUUUCCACCCAAAUCCAACUCAUUGGAUCAUGGAUACGCCCUGCCAUCAUCUCUACGAGAGAUGGAUGUUGAGAUUCGGAAGCAGAGAUAGCUGGCAUUUUAUCCGGAUGAAAGUAAAGAACAUAAGCAUAGCAAUGAAGAAGAGCAUUUGAAUGUGUAACGCACUCUCUUGUAUGAGCAUAAUUCUAUAAUAGUAACUUACAUGGCUUAUAAUUA